ACUGGGCUCAGUCACAACAAACUGAAAGUAACUCAGAGCGGCGCUGCAGCAGAGACAACUUUCUGCCUUUAGACAAACCACAACUUCAACUUUUGGCUUUGGUCGACAGUCCAGCAGAAUCUGACAGCACAGCAGACAUGGCAGCAGCCAGCAGCCUUCUCUCUGAAGAUCAGUUUCUGUGCUCCAUCUGUCUGGAUGUGUUCACUGAUCCAGUCACCAUACCAUGUGGACACAACUUCUGCAAGACCUGCAUCACAGAACACUGGAAUAUUAAUGUCCAAUGCCUGUGUCCCAUGUGUAAUAAACGUUUUCACCGAAGACCUGAGCUAUAUGUCAACACUUUCAUAUCUGAGAUGGCUGCUCAGUUUAGACAGUCCCAUGUAAAGGAAAUCACCAGAAGCUCAGAGCAGCAACGAGCCAAACCAGGAGAUGUUGUCUGUGACGUCUGCACUGAAACCAAACUGAAGGCCCUGAAGUCCUGUCUGGUGUGUCUGGCCUCCUACUGUGAGACUCAUCUGGAGCCUCAUCAGAGAAUCCCAGGCCUGAAGAGACAUAAGCUGAUAGAUCCUGUGAAGAACCUGGAAGGCAGGAUGUGUAAGAAGCAUGAUAGACCUCUGGAGCUGUUCUGCAAGAAUGACCAGAUAUGUGUGUGUCAAUUCUGCACUGAGUCAGAUCACAAACAUCAUCACACUGUUCCUCUGAUAGAAGAAUAUGAAGGAAAGAAGGCUGAGCUGAACAAGGCAGAGGCUGAAGUUCAGCAGAUGAUCCAGGAGAGACGACUGAAGAUUGAGAAGAUUAAACAGUCAGUGAAGCUCAGCAAAGAAGAUGCAAAGAAAGUGACAGCAGCCAGUGUGCAGGUCUUCACCGCUCUGAUCCAGUCUGUCGAGAGAGGUCUGGCUCAGCUCAUUGAGAUUAUUGAAGAGAAGCAGAAAACAACAGAGAAACAGGCUGAAGGCUUCAUCAUAGAGCUGGAAGAGGAAAUCAUUGAGCUGAUGAAGAGAAGCACUGAGGUGGAGCAGCUCUCACGUACUGAAGACCCACUCCAGCUACUCCAGAGCUUCCCAUCCUUGAACCCUGCUCCACACAUCAAGGACUGGACAGAGGUCAAAGUUCACCUAUCAUGUCAGGGGACCCGGGGGACAGAUUUGGAUCAUCUGAAAGAGACACUCACUAAAGAGGUGAAGAAGCUGUGUGCUGAUGUUGAGCUUAAGACGGUCCAGCAGUUUGCAGUGGAUGUGACUCUGGAUUCUGAAACAGCAAAUCCAGAUCUCAUCCUGUCAGACGAUGGCAAACAAGUAAAUCAUGGUGAUUUAAAACAGAAUCUUCCAGAUAGCCCAAAGAGAUUUUCCUCAUGUUGUGUGUUAGGAAAGCAGAGUUUCUCUUCAGGAAGAUUUUACUAUGAAGUCCAGGUUAAAGACAAGACUGACUGGACUUUAGGGGUGGCAAGAGAGUCUAUCAACAGGAAGAACUUCUUCACAUUGGCCCCCACAAACGGCCACUGGACUAUAUGCUUGAUGAAUGGAAAUCAGUAUAAAGCUCUUGCUGGCCCUUCAAUCCAACUCUCUCUAAAUUCAAAACCUCAGACGGUAGGGGUGUAUGUGGAUUAUGAGGAGGGUCUGGUCUUCUUUUAUGAUGUAGAUGCUGCAGAUCUUAUGUACUCCUUUACUGGCUGUAAGUUCACUGAGAAACUCUACCCAUAUUUCAAUCCAUGUUAUAAUGAUGGUGGCAAAAACUCCACCCCCCUGAUCAUCACGCCUGUCAAUCACACUGAUUAAAGUAAUCAUUUUAAAGUACACACUGUCAUUCUCGUUAGUGUGGCUAUUGCCUUAUGCUUUGUUAAAUGGAAGCAAAUGAUUUGUAUCUUAUGUGGCUGAAUACCUUAUUGUAAAAUUUGAAAUCGACAUUUCACAGUAAGGAAAUUGAUGUGGUCUAAAUUUCCCUCUCAAUCUGCAAUUAAGCACCUUAGCAAAGAUUUGUCCUCCUGGUUACCUUUUAUUGUCUUUCUAAAAUGAAUGGAUUAGACAGUGUGUUUGCAUUAACAUAAGCUGCAAAACUCUAGCAUGCUGGUUAACAUAGCUUACCAUCUACAGUUGGUCAGUACUUCAAGACCUUUAGCGUACUAUGUUAUUUUGAGGGGUUACUGGUAAUUAAAAGCCCCAUUCAACACUAGCACAUCCACUGUGUGGAAGCCACUCCUGGGUGUUACUGUAUCAGAGUUUAGUUAGCACCUCUGUCAUUAUUCGAUUUGGGGAGGUUUACACUCCAGCAACCCCAGCCGAACUUGUUACCCAAGAUAGCGUUGAGCUUUUCACACUCACCAGUCAGUCCUCAUCCUUGUGGUCUUUUUUUUGUAAAAGUGGCAUGUAACGACAUAAAAACGGCGUAAAAAAAUAAAAAUGAUAAAACACAAA